GACUAGAAACAGUUGUCAAGAGAGCCACAAGGAAGCAUGAGAAGCGUGUGGUGCUGGUUGCUGGUGGUGCUGGUGUUGGCGAUGCGGGCGGCGACGAUGCCACAGGGGCCCAGGGUCCCCCAUCAUUCUCAGGCGCAGCAGAUCAUAUUCGGGAGUCACUCCGACUCCCACAGACCAGGAUUCGGGCCCCAUCCCUCUGCAGCAAGCCCAUUUUUCGCGCCCAAUGUCCCCAACCCAGGAUCAGCCUUUGAUCCCAACCUGAAUGGCCAGAGACUGAGCUUCCCAUUCAAUUUCGGCGCGCAACCACCACCAGCCUUUCAGACCAAUCUGCCCGUGUUUACACCCGACUUGGCCGCCCCGAGAGACGACUUCGGGUCCGGGAACCAGAUCAACUUCCCGGACGCCUCAGCUGCAGGGCCGCCGCCGACGCCUUCCACUCCGAAACCAGCUACCGGGACCAACCCCCUUGACACGAGGAUCCUCAUCAACGCUCCCUGCCGAGGACACUGCAUGACGAAGAGGUCUGGAAGGUGCGAACUCGAUGCAACUUGCUUGUUUGGGUGAUCGAACUCCCUGGCAGUGUAUUUAGUGUAACCGUGAUGCAAGCUACUCCUCGCCUCCGUCUUCAGUGUGCGUCGAGGGGCCUCCAGGAGUGCGUCCCAAGUUGCCUUAGUGUCUGUCUGUGAUAGUGGCACGAGAAGCAUCAGAUAAGUGCAAAGGGGAAGGAUUAUUGGGCUGACAAAAGGCAUGCGCAUAUUUGCUGUGUAGCAUGAACAUUUUUGGCAACUUUACAUUCCUUUUUGUGGGAGAGCAUGAGCAGCUCUCUCUCUCCAAACACUUUCUAUGCAUCGCUGGUUCACGACCUGGAUUUAGAGGAUAGAAAAUGGGUAUUCCCCCCCCCCCCCUAACUCGUGCUUAAGUAGAUUGUGAUGCGUGGUUUAAGUCGAUUUUGGUUACAUGUUUCAGUUGAUUGUGAUUGUUAUUGUUAUUUCGUUGCAUUUUAAAACUGCUGAUGCCAUGAACAGGUUAUUGUGAUCAUAUGAUUUAUAAUAAAAAUUAAAUAUUUUUAUAAUAAAAUGAAAAUUAAA